UGUUAUUUAUUUGAUGUGUUUCGGCAUAGAGUUGGCUCUGCAGAAUGAAAUCAAGUCCAAUAUUGAAUCAAACGUUUUUUUUAUAUUCUGGUGUAAGUGACGAGCUAUUUUAUAAUUUAUUUUGUCUUUAGAAAAGAUAUAAAAAUAUGGCUGAAACACCUCGCAAUCGGGUCAUCGAGACAAUAACAUCAAGUGCAAAACACAGACCGCCGCUCCUCCCGCCUGACCCACUUCUCCACACCCCGUUAGUCUUCCCACACCACGACAAAAAAAUGAAAAUCGCCGUUAACCUGAUCACGGGUGGUUUACUGUUCUAUGGUGUUUUCUUCAUGGAUUUCGGAAAAAAUGAACACUGCUUUUCUCCCAUUCGUAGAUACGUGUUCGGUAAAAUAAACUCGUUUCUGACUGUACAACCGGAAGACGAAGCAUAUAUACAACGGCGAGUUGAAUCUAUCAAAACACAAAUUUCGCAAGUCAACGAAGAGAGAAACAGAUCGACAUGACAAUCUUGUUUUUAGGGAUUUGUGGUUAUUAUGUGCGAACUUGGUGAGCAUUCCAUGCUGUAUGUGUAUGUUACUGAAUUUACGUGUGCAGCUAGUAUACGAAUGAAAUGAAGAACAUGCUCACUUUGGCAUGAAAGCUGGCAUAUUUAUUUAGCCUAUUUCUCACUCUGGCUUAAUGUUGGACAUUGUACAACUUUAUCUAAUUUUGUGUCUAACGUUAAAUAAUUUUAAAUGGCGUACCUUAUUCAAAAAUAAAGAAAUCGACUUUAAAAAGUGUGACAUUUUAAUCGCUGCUCAACAAUUAACCUUGAGUUGCUACACCUAUGAUCACUUUUAUACUUGACUGAACCGAUUUUAGGAUUUUGGGAUGGGCUCUCACAUUUACUCUCACAUUUCAACUGAAGCUUGCACUUUACACGAUAUACUUAAUUUUCAUGUUACUUUAUAUGCUAACUUUUCAGUACGGAUCCUGUUCUCGAUCACAUAUUCUUUUUACUUUGAAAUAGCUUUUACCAAG